AUGAGAGUUGAGGCUUGCGAGAGUAGACAUGGGGAGACCUUCGAGGUAACGGCUUUGAAAAAUGAAGUUGCUGAUCUGUGGAAGGACGUAGACUAUCUAAAGUCUACUGAUUUCACUUUACUACUGGAGCCUGCGGAUGAUAUGGACGCCCCUGAGACUUCAGAGAUUCCUCUGGCUACCACCGGAGAUGUACAUAUGGAGGGCACAAUAGCUUAUGAGUCAGAGAUAGAGAUCAACGAGGACCAGAAAGAGAUGAGGGAGAAGAGUAUAUAUGGUGACUUGCCAGAUCUUGAGGAGACGAUUGUACAGUCAGUGAUCCAGAUGUCACUGACAGAGAUGUCCAUGGCAGCUCUUAGUUGA